CGAUUUCAUUAUCUCGGAUCUGUUCGUACUAUCAUUAACACAUUUCUCACGCUACACUGUCGCCUGUGUUUAUGUCACUACUGUGACGUCUUAUCUUUCGAGUGUGUGUUACUGGGACCUUUUAUAGGACACGAUAGCUCAAUAAGGAUGGUUAAAAUAGGUAGCAUUGUGAUUACCAUAGUAAUUCAAGGUGUGCUGGGAGAUAUAUCUCGGUGUCAUCCUGGCUGGAUUUACUACAAUGAUGCAUGCUAUUUCUUAUCAAGAGAUACAGAGACUUGGGUGGAGGCCUUUUCCUACUGUGAAAUUUACGACAGCCAGCUGGUGUCGAUAAUAGACGAAGACGAAAACAAUUUCUUGAAGACAGAAUUGCGCAAGCGCCAUGCGGCAGAUUCUGAUUGGAACGUCUGCUAUUUCACUUCUGGAACUGACGGACCUGUAGAAGGCCAUUGGGAAUGGACACCUUCUGGCGAUCCGUUAACAUAUACAAACUGGGGCCCAAAGGAGCCAAGUAAUGGGGGCGGCAUGGAGAACUGCCUUUGUUUGUAUAAGGCGCACGACUUCUCAUGGAAUGACCGCAAUUGCCACAACCAAGAUCAUUUUAUUUGUAAAACACGGGCAACAUUCAGUUCCGAAUUGAUUGGAUGAAAUCGAAGCUUUGUUGAACUCAAAAUGCGAUUCGCCCAUUGUAAUGUAUGUGACUUUUACUUUCGCAAUUAAAAAAAGCCUCUUGCAUGUCCCAAAUUCCAAACGUUCGAACAAAUAUUUUCGGUUUGAUAAACAGAGCUUGAUAUGAUUAUUUUCACAAUA